UUUAGUGGAAACAGUCUGAGCGGAAGACGAGAGGAGGGAAGUCAGAAGUGUCUGUUCAUGAUCUGAAGAAGAGUUCAAACUUGUGGAGUUCUUGGAGUUCUGACAGGAAGAUGAAGACGUUGGUGGUGUUUGUGAUCCUGGUUCAUGUUUCCCAGCAUGCUCUGGCAGGUGUGCUGCAGGUGUAUGAGGGGGCGGAGUCUGUCCUGAUACCCUGCCAGUACUUGGGUUUUUUUCCUGAGAACCCCACAGUGAUUUGGACCCGGAACGAUCUCAGUCCCAAAUUAAUCCACAAAAGACAAAAAACAGUUGAAGUUGAAGGUCAGAACCAGGUUUACAGGAGGAGGACAUCGAUGACGCCUGAUGCUCUGGACACUGGAGACUUCAGCCUCACUCUGAGAAAACCCCACCUCUCUGACAGCGGCAACUACACCUGCUCCAUCACUGAUGGAAGAGAAGAACAGAGAGUGACAGACGUACAUCUACAGGUCAAAGACCAGCAGGUGGAGGUGGAGGUGCAGGAAGGGGCGGAGUCUGUCAUCCUGCCAUGUAAAACAAACACUGACCUGCCUGAGGACACCACAGUGGAGUGGACUCGCUCCGAACCAGAACUCAUCAUGGUCCAUGUGUAUCGAGACAGAAGAAACCAACUCAAUAAACAGGACAUGUUUUACAAAGACAGAACAAAGAUGAAUGAAGACCUGCUGAAAACUGGAGACCUCAGUCUGACCCUGAAAUACCCCACAGAGAGAGACUCUGGAUCAUACAUCUGCACCGUCGACAAAGGCCAAGACAUCCUGAGACAGAAAGUAGUGCUGCACCACCUAAAAGCACCACCUCCAGUCUGGCCUAAAGUUCUUGGGGUUCUCCUAUUUCUCCUGGUGGUUGUUCUUGGUGUUGUUGGGGGUCUUUUGUUUUAUUUUCGACACUACUUCAUGUCAGUCCUCCAGGUGGUGGUGGAUUCAGGGGUGGAGUCUGUCCAACUGCCCUGCAAAACCAUAACUCACUUUCCUAAAGACACUAGAGUGGUGUGGACGGACAGAGACGACAGGAAGGUCCAUGUGUAUGAGAACAGCUCUGACCAUCCUGAAGUACAGAACCAGAUUUAUAGAAAGAGAACAAAGAUGAGGAGAAACCUGAAAACUGGAGACCUCAGUCUAGCCCUGAAAUACCCCAGAGAUGGAGACACCAACACCUACACCUGUAGAGUCUACGACAAGGAGGGAAAGAUACUGAUGAUGAAACAAGUGGAGCUCAGAGUGAAAGUCCUCCAGGUGGAGGUGGAUUCAGGGGUGGAGUCUGUCCAGCUGUCCUUCAGAACCACAGAGCUGCCUGGAGACACUAGAGUGGAGUGGAUGGACGGAUACGACAGGAAGGUCCAUGUGUAUGAGAAUGGCUCUGACCGUCCUGAAGAACAGAACCAGAUUUAUAGAAACAGAACGAAGAUGAAUGAAGACCUGCUGGAAACUGGAGACCUCAGUCUGACCCUGAAAUACCCCACAGAGAGAGAUGACAACACCUACACCUGCAUCAUCUACGACAAGGAGAAAAACAUCCUGAUGAAGAAACAAGUGGAGCUCAAAUUCAGAGUCCUGGUGGAGGUGAAUCCAGGGGUGGAGUCUGUCCAGCUGUCCUUCAGAACCACAGAGCUGCCUAUAGACACUACAGUGGAGUGGAUGGACAUAUUCAACAGGAAGGUCCAUGUGUAUGAGAACGGCUGUGAAAAUCCUGAAGAACAGCACCACAUUUACAGAAAUAGAACAAAGAUGAAUGAAGACCUGCUGGAAACUGGAGACCUCAGUCUGACCCUGAAAUACCCCACAGAUAGAGACACCAAGACCUACACGUUUAAUGUCUACAACAAGGAGAAAAACAUUCGAAUGAAGAACCAAGUGAAGCUCAAUGUCGGAGUCUGCCAGGUGGAGGUCGAUCCAGGGGUGGAGUCUGUCCAGCUGCCCUUCAGAACCACAGAGCUGCCUGGAGACACUAGAGUGGAGUGGAGGGACGGAUACGACAGGAAGGUCCAUGUGUAUCACAAUGACUCUGACCAUCCUGAACAACAGAACUGGAUUUAUAGAAACAGAACAAAGAUGAAUGAAGACCUGCUGGAAACUGGAGACCUCAGACUGACCCUGAAAUACCCCACAUAUGGAGACAGUAGAGAAUACAUAUGUAGAGUCUACAACAAGGAGGGAAACAUUGUGAGAUGGAAAACAGUGGAGCUCACAGUGAAAGACAGAGUCCAGGUCCAGGAUGAAACGUCUCCUCUGAUGGAUGAAGAGUCAGUUUGAUCAGGUUGUUGAUCUUUGAUCAUUGAUCAGUGAAGGAUCUGAUGGACGAUGGAUGAAGAGAGGAGGACGCUCUGUCAGCUUAAUCAACAUGUCCUUGUUGCUCCUACCUGUGUCUGGAUGGUUUCAUUGCUUCCUCAUUAUUCAGCUCCGUCUGGAUCUUUUCCUGCUUCCAUCUGAUUGAGGAUCCUGAAGAAAUCAUCAACUGCUUCUCUGCUGAGGAGGAGGAGGAACAUUUAAGAUUCACCCUCAUCACUUUAAAAGACUGUCUAACUCCUUCAGACGGAUUCUUCCCCUGCUGGUUCAUUUUUUUUAUUGAUUUUUCCCUGUGAGGAGUUGGUGUGUUUCUGUUGUUCAGCCUCUAGGUGGUGCUGUUGUUUCAUGAACACAGAUAAAGCAACUGUCAGUACAGUUCCAAACAAUGAAAGUACAAGGAAGUAAUGAAAAGGAAGAGGUAAAACAAAUCAAAGUGCUGUGAAGAAAAUAACUGUGUGAUCUGAUCCUGGUUCAUUUUUUCACUGUGUCUGGAUCAUUAAGUCAUUAAUGUCACCAUCAUCCUCUGGUGAAAACUGACAAUUAAAAUGCAGUCAACACCUGA